AUGGCGCCCCGCAGCCACAGCGCGCACUCAUGUGCACAUGCAACACGCGCAUUUGGAGACAGAGACCGGCGCAUCUUACUCACAAUACCUCGAGCAGCACAGAAGCAGAACAGUGCUCAGAAGCGCAGAGGUCCCGGUCGCCAUGACGCUUCCAAACCUCACAUUUGUUUCAAGCAGAAAGCGUUACUAACACACCGGAGACGCUUUUACGCGCCCAUGGAGCCUGAAACGGCGCUGAACGCGUGUUUUGUGGGUUUUGAUGGAGGGAUUCAGCAGCUGAGGGGCGAAGACACUGCGGUUAUCUUACCUGCCAUUUUUGGAUUGAUCAGCGCGGUAGGAAUAGUAGGAAAUGUUUUGGUAAUUGUCAUACUGAUACACGAUAUAAUAGUUAAGAAAAGUGCUUGUGGGAUUGUCCUGAUGCUUGUUAAUCUCAGUGGAACAGAUCUGGUGAUCCUUGCAGUGUGCACUUCGACCCGGGCGAUCACUUAUCACAACCGGACAUGGACACUUGGACAUUUGGCCUGCCGGACAGCAGAGUGGUUCCAGCAUGGCUGUUUGGCAGCAAAAUCUCUCACACUGGCAGUCAUGAGCCGAGCGCGAUAUAAUUUUGACUGUGAUCCUCACCUCAAGAUAAAGAGAGUUCUCAUUGCUGCUGGCUCUAUAUGGGCUCUUGGGUUAGCGCUACCAGUCGCUGAGAUCAUUUACUCUAAACUGGAGGUGAAGGGGAACUUCAGUCUGUGCGUCACUGAGUUACCAAGUCACUCCUCCGACUUCAUGCGCGUGCACAGUAUAAUCUACACUCUGGUGGUCUACGCCUUCCCGGUCAUCUUUUCCGCCGUGUGCCAUGUGCGUGCCAUCUUCCGAGUGACACGUGGCCACGGGGCGCGUGCGGCGCGCAGGACUGAAAGCCGCCUCGCGCUGCUGAGCGUCACUGCAGCUAAUGCGCUUCUGCUGCUGCCCGGGUGGACAGUGUGGCUGUGGCUGCGUCACAGUUCCCGCGAGACCUGCGAACCCCCUGCCGCGCUGCUCGUCCUCGCCCAGGUGUGCACCUACCUGACCAGCGCAUCGUCUCCCGCCAUCCUCCUCACCAUGCUUGUCCCUCUCAGAGACAACCUGGCCUGGAUCAUGUGUCGGGGAGCAUCGUGGGAAGGGAGAAGGGAGCGGAGCGCGAUGGCUGUCGGUGCGCUGGAUGAUGGCAUGGUGAUGCACACUGACGCGCUCGGGAGACCUCUGCCUGAUGUCCAGUAUUUCUGGAACAGUCGGAGGAACACUGCAGUUCCAGACAACACCAACCCAUUUCCGUGGGAAGGACUGGAGCACUGCCAUGCUGAACUCUGA